CCCUGUGUGGCUGGGCGGGCUGGAGCUCCACGGGCCGGAACCCCGUAAGUCGGGGCUCCCCUGCCACACCCCUCACAGGAUUUAAAGCCGGGAGAAAGGAAGGGCCGCCCGAAGCCCGAACUGAGAGAGCGGGCAUGAGGCGCUGCCCGUGCCGCGGGAGCCUGAGCGAGGCGGAGGCCGGGGCGCUGCCGGCGGCCACGGCCCGCAUGGGCCUGGAGACGCCUCGAGGUGGGCGGCGGCGGCAGCCGGGACAGCAACGGCCUGGGCCGGGUGCUGGGGGCCCGAUGGGACGGCCGGAGGGGGGCGGGCCUCCAGCCUGGAGAGAGGGACUCCACUUGCACCCCGAGCCUGAAAGGACCGGCCUGGGACCGGCGGUGAGGACAGACGUUCCACAGACAGAAUCCUGGACCGACGGACAAGCCGAUGAGCCCGAAGCAGCUGGCUUGGGAAGAGGAGAGACGGAGCAGCUCAGCUCAAGCCCAGAACCAGAUAUGUCCGGCGUCCAGACACAUCGAAAAAGAAGCCACCACAGGCCAGAGCUAGAGAUGGCCGGUUCCUGGACGGAGAUUGCGACAGAUGGCGUUUGGACUGGUCCACACAGAUCCGACCUCCAGGCUCAGCCAGACUUUGCCAGUCUCUGCAUCCAGCCAAAGGUUGAUGAGCCCUGGGCAGAGCUGGAAAUACUGGGUUGGCAGACUGAACCAGAGCGGAUCAGACCUUGGGCUGAUAAUCUCCGGACUCACCCAGAUGGAGCCUGCCUCUCAACAAAACCAAGUGCUGAUGGCUUGGGGAAUGAAUUGAACACCCAUAGCUCCAAGACACCCCAGGAUACUGAAGGCUCCUGGACAGACUCUCAUACUGAUGACUCCCCCAAACACACGAACACUCAGACAGCCUGGAAAGACCCUGGAACUGAUGGUUUCCCAACACAAAAUAUAAGUGGCCCCCAGAGACUGCCUGGCACGGAUGGUCGCCAGUGUACAGCCCUCAGAACAAACUGUCUUUUAGGAGAGCCCAGUGGAAAUGGUCCAUUAGAAGAACCAGAAACCGAGGAGUUGGUGACUCAUCCGCAUUCUCACCUGGAGUGCAGCUCCCUGUGCUCUGUGCCUCGCCUCAUCAUAACCCCUGAAACUCCUGAGCCUGAUGCCCAACCAGUGGGACCCUCCUCCCGGAUUGAGGGGGGCAGCGGUGGCUUCUCCUCUGCUUCAUCUUUUGAUGAGUCUGAGGAUGAUCUGGUGGCUGGGAGUGGAGGUACCAGCGAUCCCGAGGAUCCCUCUGGGAACAAACCCUGGAAGAAGCUGAAGACGGUGCUGAAGUAUUCGCCCUUUGUGGUGUCCUUCCGUAAACACUACCCUUGGGUCCAGCUCUCAGGACACGCUGGGAACUUCCAGGCGGGAGAGGAUGGUCGGAUUUUGAAACGCUUCUGUCAGUGUGAGCAGCGCAGCCUGGAACAGCUGAUGAGUGACCCCCUGCAGCCCUUUGUGCCGGCCUAUUAUGGGAUGGUGCAUCGGGAUGGCCAGACCUUCAAUCAGAUGGAGGAUCUCCUGGCAGACUUUGAAGGCCCCUCCAUCAUGGACUGCAAGAUGGGCAGCAGAACCUACCUGGAAGAAGAGCUGGCGAAGGCCCGGGAGCGGCCCCGGCCCCGGAAGGACAUGUAUGAGAAGAUGGUGGCUGUGGACCCUGGAGCCCCCACCCCGGAGGAGCAUGCGCAGGGUGCCGUCACCAAGCCCCGCUACAUGCAGUGGAGGGAAACGGUGAGCUCCAGCUCUACGCUGGGCUUCCGGAUUGAGGGCAUCAAGAAAGCUGAUGGCCACUGCAACACGAACUUCAAGAAGACGCAGGCACUCGAGCAGGUGACAAAGGUGUUGGAGGACUUUGUGGACAGGGACCGUGGGAUUCUGAGAAAGUAUGUGGCCCGCCUCGAAGAACUUCGGGAAGCUCUGGAGACUUCCCCCUUCUUCAGAACCCAUGAGGUGGUGGGCAGCUCCCUCCUCUUUGUGCAUGACCACACUGGCCUGGCCAAGGUGUGGAUGAUCGACUUUGGCAAGACAGUGGCCCUGCCUGACCGCCAGACACUCAGCCACAGGCUACCCUGGGCUGAGGGCAACCGAGAGGAUGGCUAUCUCUGGGGCCUGGACAACCUGAUUGACCUCCUUCAGGGACUGGUCCAGAGUUGACCCACCCAGCAGCGGCCAUGCUUAUUCAUGGGAUGGCACUGCUCUGGCUUGGAGAGCCCCAAGAUUCUGUGGGAGUCUGAGCCAGUGGCACAUGACCUGCGUGGAAGGUCUGAAGGACCCCGGAAUACCAGGCAACAGCUGGCUCUGUCGUGACCUUGGGAAAAUGACUAGGUCCCUUGACCCCGGGGGGGAAGGCCUCUUCCUAGGUUAGGGGCUGAGCUGUGACCACCCCCAUCAGCCCCUCCCGGCAACCAGACCAGGCAGCAUUUAGAAACAUGUGGCUGGGAGUGACAACCCAAUCUCUGGAGGCUGUCCAAGUGCUGAGUGACAGGGCGGGAUACUGCAGGACACUGCAGGACACCUGCUGACACUGCCCAGGACUGGGGUUCCUGGGUGGGGCACAGCCACUGUCUGCAGCCUAGCUCUGUGGGAUCCUUCCUUUUUCUCUGAGGACUCCCCUGAUGUGCCACAUACCCAAACCACAGCCACUGCUCAUCAGCACUGUGACCAGCACAACCUCAUUCCUUGGUGCACCAGAUCCAGCCUCUGGACCUCCUCCUCUUCCUGCUGGCCCCCAACCCUGGAGCUUUGGGGGUCCUUCCUCUUAGCACACUGGGACUGCAGGAAGGGGGUUUCUGAGGCCAGGGUAACAGGCUUUUUCCUUGGGCAGCAGUGUUCCCUUGCUCAGGAAGGCCCCCCGCAGUUAAAGGCAAGGUAGCCUAGAAGUACAGGGGGGCGGGGGGGCGAGAUGGGAGGGCUGGCUGCUGGCCAUGAUCUUGGGCGUGCAGUCCAAGGUCUAGACCAAAGAUUCCAGAACCCAGGAUGUGGCAGAUGUGUCCUCUGUCCCACAGCCAUGGCAUACGUGACUUUUGCUUCCUGGCCAAAGGGAGAACAGACUGCCACUGACCUGUUUGUUCCCCAAGCUGAGGCCCUGGGCUGCAGGGCUGAGAAGAUGGCCCCCUCCUUUUCUACUGACCAACUUUCUACGUAUUUAUAAGCCGGGUAGUUGUCAGAUGAUGGGGUGUUGGGGCAAAUGGCUUCACUGCACCUUCACCCCCAGCAUCCCAAUAAACCAGGACAAAGUCAAUGUUUUUUUCCUUGGUAUCUCGGGUGUGUGGGUCCACAUUUGUGCUCUGUGUUUUAGUGUUGGGGUGAGGCACCUGGGACAGAAGCAGGCUCAGGGCUCACUCAGCCCACAUCUACUUUAUUUUUUUAACCAGCCUGGAACUCUGCAUUAAAAGAAAUUUAUUGCCUUUA